AUUAACAUAUGAUCCCCACCUAGUUUCCGUUGCAAAACCCACUCACGAGUCGCUCUCUCGCAGACGCCACUGCUUGUUGCUCCGGUCCUUUCUCCAUUUCCCCCCAAAACCUUGAAAAACCCCAAUUUCGCAGCGAAGAUGUUGCGGUGUGUUCUGAGGGCCUCGUCAGCAGCUACGAGUUCAACCAAAUCAUCUCCAAUCCAAAUCUCAGCUCCUCACACCUAUAAAUCAGCCAGAAAUUACUCGUCCAAGAACACCAAGUCCGGCCUCGCUACGUCCAAGAAGACUAACGCGAAGAAAUCAGUCUCCGACCCCCACGCAUCGGCCGCGGAUAUCAAAGUCGACGCCGCGCUCUCCGAUGCCCAAGCCCGCGCUCGCCGCCUCGCCGCCGACGAUAAGGACCAGUCCCUCGAUGUCGGCCCCAACGGUCGGCCCCUCUUCACCACCACCCCCUCCCUCUACCUCCUCUCUCGCAAAGACACCUGCUCCUAUCUCAAAUUUAGUAUAGAGGGCUUGAAAACGGUGUUGCCGGAGGGUUUGCCGACGGGGAUGCUGAAGGAGUUCGACGAUUCGCUGAGACCGGCUUUGCUUGUUCGGCAGAGUUUUUUGGAUCUUCGCGAUAAUUUUAGGCGUAUUGUUGAUCCUCCAUUGUUCUUUUCUGAUGCUAAUGGUCCCAAACUUAAAAAGCAGAUUGUCUUGGAUGGUCCUGCAAGCUGUGGGAAGAGUAUUGCACUUGCAAUGCUCGUUCAUUGGGCUCGUGAUGAAGGUUGGCUGGUUUUUUAUAUUCCCAGGGGCCGAGAAUGGACUCAUGGUGGAUUUUUCUCCAAGAACCAACAAACAGGUCUUUGGGACACACCUCUUCAAGCUGCAAAUGUACUCAAGGAUUUUCUAAAAUGGAAUGAAUCUCACUUAAAACAAUUGCCAUGCCAAAUCGAUGAUCCGAUUCCACUAGGAGAGGGUGCUGGUGUUGGAUGGUUGAAAGAUGUUGAUAACUUGGCAAUGCCUGAAGGUUCAACGCUUUGUGACCUGGUCAACACGGGAAUCAAGCACACACAUGCAGCUGUUGGAGUGGUUGUUCGUUUGAGGAGAGAGCUAUCACUUGUGAAAAAUAUCCCUGUGCUUAUUGCAAUUGAUCAAUAUAACAGCUGGUUUACAUUCAGUGAGUAUGAGGAAGCAGUAACCAUUCGUUCUAGUCGACCGGUACAUGCCAGAGAACUUGCAAUGGUGAAUGCUUUUAGGUCUAUGGUGCAUGAUGACAUGAUGGUGGGUGCUUUCUCUCAUUCUACAGCAGUUGGAAAACUACGUAAAGAUUUGCCAGAUGUUCCGGUAGAUGCUCGUGUUAAUUUUCCUCGUUACAGCUUAGAUGAAGCAGCAACUGUUUGCCAUUAUUACCUUAGGCAAAGACUAGUAGGUCAUGAAGCAUUCUCAGAAGAAAACUGGAAGAAGGUAUACUACCUAUCCAACGGAAAUGGAACAGAAAUGAGGUGGCUGGUUCCUUUCAUGCGGCAGUCUGCAUAGGAUACUUAUCUUCUGACCCUUUUUCUUAUAGACGUGCAUAAGCAGAGGUGCUCAUUUUGCUCUCAUUGCCUCUGGCUUUUUUGAUCUCCUUAAUGAAAAUUCAUGCAAUACUACACAUUGGAUAUUGGAUUUUGGCCCAAUGCUUCCAGUGAGAUGGGGAUUUCCGUUGUGUAAUUGACUUGUUUGGUCGGGAUCAUCUUUUCUUGCCUACGGGAUUAGAGCCCAAUGACCAUGUUCCAUAUAUAGGCCAGUUAGUAUUUUCUAGUUUUGUUCUUUGAAAUUGAUCCUUCUGUUAGAAAUUUCCUUUUUUGCUAAUCCAGUUAGUUCAGCAUUUGUAUAUAAAAUUUUAUGCUAA